GAAGCCGCGUAUGCCAUGACGACAAGCCCCGUCGUGAUUGCCGUAAUCUCCCCCGUCCGUCAUGCUGCGGGGGGAUGGCAGCGCCGAGCAGUUCCGGGCGGGGUCGGAGCUGGUGUUUAUCCGAUCUCGGAUCUCGGAUCAAUCCAUCCGAUCCCCAUCUUAUCUCCGGGCCCACCAAACGGGCUGUUCUGCUUUAGGGAAUUCGCCGUCCACUCCCCCGCCUAUGCCUUUGUGUUCUCCUUUCCGCGGCAACUCUACCACUCGUUGAACACCGCGUCUACGGACAUCACCAUGAUGACAGGGAGCUACAACAUGGAGUUGUCGCUCAGUAUGAGUGAGAGAAUGCAGAUGUUGGGUGGGAAGCCUGGUUGGUGGUGCCGGUGAAGUGGGUUCCCGGGCUAUACGGGGAGGAGAUGGACAUGACAAAUGCAUAGUGUUGAUUCUCCAAAAAGUCGUAAGAAGACGCAGGUAAUUCAAGAAAGCCAACUCUCAAUAUUCGACACGCU